AUGGCUGCAUUAUUGAAUGGUCUCUUCGGGGGCUCUCAGCCAUCUGCAGCUCCUGUUCAGGCUGGAGAUUCUGACUUCGCGGAUUUUGCUGGAGCUCCAGAUCCAACUCCAGCUUUCUCCGCAAUCCCCUCGGCAGCUGAGUAUACAGGACCAGCUGCAACCCCUACCGGAGCUGCAGUUCCCUAUACCAAAUGGUACAAUGUACAUGAGCGACAUUCUCUGAGCGAGUUCAAGCAAGAAGGUAUUAUUUUAGGAGUGUUGAUGAUUAUCAUUUCCAUUCACUUCUUCGGUACAGGCACGAAUCGCAAGAAGGCGAAGAAAUGGGUAAACGCACAUGCAUCAGUUCUACGUAAAGAAUUUGCAUUGGUUGGAUUUGGAGGUCGCGCUCCAACAACUGAGGAAAUCGAGAACGAAGAAAGUGCCAGGUCAAUGGCUAUGCAACUCGAAUUGCCUGAAGAUAUGUUGAAGGAAAAGUCCCCACAAGAGUACGCAACUUAUGCUACUGGACGCCAAAAUGUCGCAUUUCUUGAUGUUAACAUCAAGCUUUUGAAGCGCUAUAAUCCUGUCGUACUUGCCAUCGAGUACGCCUUCAGUCUCUUCUUCGACACUAUGGUCACCCCCGUUGACCGCAUGGAAGCUGUACUUUACCCCUUUGAUGGAAGGGAGAAUCUUACUGUUCCUGGUCAAGCUCCUGGCGCGCAGGAAUUGCGCAAAGAUACCAAGAGUACCUAUGAUAACUUCGUUUGGGCUAUUGUAAACAAGGAGACAAUGAAAUCACUUCGUGAUGAUAGAUAUGAUGUCUCCAUCACUGGCACUAAGGAUAGUGCUAAACUCCCAAACUGGGCUACUGUUAUGAGUGAGAGUGCUGAGGUUACCGACUUUCUGCUCACCCCUGAGCUUAUCAAGGCCGUUGAAAUGGCUGGAGAUUUACUUGAGCAUCUUAUCAUCACGGAUCAGCCAAUUGAUCAACCUAUGAAACUUGAGGAUACUGUGCCUAAGAAACGCAUCUAUCUAUCCAUGAAGCUCCCUUCUAAUGACGAUUACUCUAAAGUCCUUCCUCUAUUCGAACACUUCCUCAGAAUUACGGAUCAACUUGCAUCUGGUGCACACUUUCGUCCGGAAGUCAUGCGUAAAGUACGCCAGACUCGUGAAGAUACAAUCAAGAAACUCCAGAAAGCGGAUGAAGAGGAGAAAGCCGAGGAACGAGCUUUAGAACGUGAGAAGGCCAAGAAGUUGAAGAGGGAUCUUGAACUGAAGGGUCUAGAUGCGAAGGCACAGAAGAAGUACCUCGAAAAGGAAAAGGAAAAGGAGAUGAGAAAGGCUCAAAAGAAACAAACUCAAAGAGGGUGA